AUGCAAUUUUUUAACAAGCUUUUCAAAACCUCCCCUAAGUCAAAGGGGAAAAAACCAGCCGAACGUAAGGUUCGGUUUUUACUUCCAGGGGAGUCAUCAGACUCACCUGUGUCGGUUCCUUCAGCAGCUACAGGGUCGGAUACCUUAUGUGAGGUAGAUGUAGGUGCUGAAGACGUAGAAGUAAAAAGACUGGCAAAAAAACAGUUUCCGCUGUUUAGACAAUUGUCAUGGUUUAAGAAAAAAGAAGAGAAGAGAAAGUUAGCUGAAAGUAUUCUUUUGGCUAAAGGGAUGGCUGCCGGCAUUCAUGCGUGCCAUCCCAACAACAACAACAUCAACAACAUCAACAACAUCAACAACAACAACAACAUCAUCAACAACAACAACAACAAUCGUGGCAACCCCAACCAUUUUAACUGGCGCAACCCUGUACACCAAUUAAAGAGAAAACACAAAGACGAAGAUUACACAAAAAACACAAAGACGACAAAGAACACAGACGACACCAAUUUGUUUAAAUUUCGCAAGUUCAAGGCUACCGUCGAUUCAUACUGCGGUAGACUGUGCCAAGAGAUCCGAACUGCAGUUCACUUUACAGACAUCGAUUUCGUGAAUAGCAUUAAUCUCGGAAUUAAGGAACAUGCUGAAGGCGACUACAUUUCACUUGAUAAGAGGGUCCUCAUACUGCAGGUUACAAAAGAAGAAUUUGAUAAGGUGAUCUCAGCUCUCCCGGAGUUGCUUGAUAUGGACCUUAGAAACUCCCUUCUCUGUCCAGUGCUUCAAUUACUCGAAAUGAAGUUUAGGAACAAGAUAAAAUACUACAUCGCUACGCCAAACCUUGAGUAUGGAAUAGACUUGCAGGUGAGAUACGAAAUGCAGCCAAAUCGCGAAUACUUUACUCAAACUCAGCACUGCCUUAAUAAGGAGAAACUUGAAAAGUGUCUCGCUUUCCAAGAAAUCGAUGCUUGGACUCAAUGGCCGGGCGUUCAUGUUAGGGGCGAUUUCUCGUUUUUAGCUGCUAGGAAAAUAUAUGACUUUAAAUGGCUAAUUAACGCUACCUAUAAAGAUGAGGAUCUUCCAAGUGUUCGAUUUCAUAUUGGCAAUUGGUAUAGGGAGGAUCGAGUAGGAAAAAUUGAAUGUGACGCGAAAUCACAAGCGCGACUAAAAAAAAGUGCCCGCGUAUUUCGUGACUUUAUUAUUUCCAUAGUGGAGCCAAUAUAA